GCGCAGACGCAGAGCUACUUCAAGGCGGAACUGGGGCGUCCCCGGCUCUGGAGACCUAAACACCCGGUGUGAAAAGAAGGUGGCAGCCGCGGAGCGGUGCGCAUGCGCAGACGGCUCUCGGGUUAAGGGUUGAGAGGCGGACCGGGGCGGCCAGCUGGGCUUGGAGCGGAGCAGCGGCAGGAUGGACGAGGACGUGUUGACCACCCUGAAGAUCCUCAUCAUCGGGGAGAGCGGCGUGGGCAAGUCCAGCUUGCUCUUGAGGUUCACGGACGAUACUUUUGAUCCAGAACUUGCAGCAACAAUAGGUGUUGACUUUAAGGUGAAGACAAUUUCAGUGGAUGGAAAUAAGGCUAAACUUGCAAUAUGGGAUACUGCUGGUCAAGAGCGGUUCAGAACAUUAACUCCCAGCUAUUAUAGAGGUGCACAAGGUGUUAUAUUAGUUUAUGAUGUGACAAGAAGGGACACCUUUGUUAAACUGGAUAAUUGGCUAAGUGAAUUGGAAACAUAUUGCACGAGAAAUGACAUAGUAAACAUGCUAGUUGGAAAUAAAAUUGAUAAGAGGCAAGUGCAAAAACCUGUGAUGGUGUACAGUGUGCCUUUGAGGAACUUGUUGAAAAGAUCAUUCAGACACCAGGACUGUGGGAAAGUGAGAACCAGAAUAAAGGAGUCAAACUGUCACACAGAGAAGGCGGCCAAGGAGGAGGAGCCUGUGGUGGUUAUUGUUCUGUGUUAUAAACUCUGGGAAACUCCAUCUCUUGCAUAGUAAUCAGAUAGUGACAUCUCUCUGUAUAUAAACUCUUUAACUGCUAUCUUAGGGACCUUGCAGUUUGCACAUAAUUUGUUUUGUAUCAUGACACUAAUAUUUGCAAGAAAGCGCCCCCCAUUGGCUUUCCCAGGUACAAUGUUAUGGUGAGCAUGCACAGUUUGCAGUUUGCAGUUUCUCGUGUAACAUAAAAUAGGUGUACCUUCACCAGUACAUUUGAUUUUAUGAUUUACAUUUAUCAUGUGAUUAAAAAAUCCACCUAGUUUCUGUUGCUACAAAGUCUACUUUUGGUCUCCUUUUUACUUUACUACUCCUAUCACUUACUGAAUAAUUGGUAUAUAGAACUUCUGGAACCACUGAGGGAGAGAGGUAACAUCAAACGUAGCAGACUUCCUUUCAGGAAUGCAGAAUGCAUGAUUCACAGCUUUUCAAGGGUGUUUGCUGACAGAUUCUCUUUUAGUACUAAGCAGAAGUCUCCAGUUCAGUAGUCCAGUCCAAUUUACAAUGAAAUCUCUACUUACUCUGAUAAUUUUAAAGUAGCAUUGGUAUGUUGAAGAGGUUUGUUUUUUUUUUUUUUUUCUUUAAUUUUCUUCGAUGAGUAGCUCAGUUGUUUAAUGAGAACUUCAUUUCUGUGAUGUGUGUGUGUUGAUAUAUGACCCUUUGUGCAGCAUUUUUAAUUUCAUGGUGUUCAGCAGAAUAGCAAUAAGACUUCCCCCCACUUUGGUUUCAGGACACAGUAUGUUUAUGUAACUCAUGUAGUACUCAUCACUUUUAAAGCAGUGCAUUUUUUCCUUAAAUGUUGGUGGGUUUGUCCAGGUACAUCAGUUAAAGCUUGUGUACUGUUUAUGAGUAUCUGUUUCUUAUGACUCCCAUAAUGGCUAGUUGAUAUUUAAAACUUAUUUCUGUGUUUUGAUGGUUGGGCAAAAAAAAAAGGUGUUAAAUGACAGCUUGAGAAAAGCAUAUUGCUUCCAGAUUUUGAUGUUUGGGGGAAGUACUGUUGCAAUGAAAAUCUCCAUAAUUUACUGUAACAAGGAGUCAACAGAGUAUCCAAAAAGUCCAACUUGUACAGACUAAUAAAUCUUUUCCACAGUAUUCAGUUUUCUAACCUCUUGCUAUUGUACAUUAUUUUUUUUCACUGAUGUUCUUUGAUUUACAUUGAUCUCUCUCUGCAAAACCACCAAAUAAGUAAUUUGUCCUUUCAGAUUGGUCACUACACUACCCUUUAUUUAAGAAGAUACUGAUACUAAUUUCUGGGCAAUUUGUCCUCUGACUAUAAUUACAAAUGAUAAAUAUUUUUAUGGGUCAUCUUCACAAGACAAGUGAUAAUGGAUUAACUUCACACUGGGUUCUUUCUGAAAUGUUCAUCUUCCCUAAGAAAGCCUUGUGCUCUACUUGAUUUACCAUGCACUGUGCAUUACAUGUGAUUAAAGGUUUUAUACACUCUGUAUGUUUUUACUAACUAUAAACCAUUUACUACUUUAAUGUUGGAGAAAGUAGCUAACACAUGUACUUACAGCUUGUGUUACACUGAAACUUUAGACUUGUAAAAUCAAUGUAGUGUGUAUUGAUAAGACGUUUUUGUUGCUUUUUCUCCUUGAGCUAUAUUAUAAUCUUUCUUUUCGUUGGAUCGUUGUCUUAAUUUGGGUCAGAAUUUGGAUACAUGAGUCAUUUAACUUUUAAAAACUAAUUUUGUUUGAUUUAUAUUGUAACCUUUUAUAGUUUUUGAAUAAAUAUAGCCUGCUUUCCAUAGAUGCAUUUGUGCAGGAAGUAUAUCCAUUUCUUUAUUACUCUCAUCCGCUGAGGAACAUCUAGAUAUAGUCAUUCAAAUUAUAUGGCUUUCACUUUACUAUUUUGUUGCAAGCUUAUUAUUUCAUAACUGAAGUAGUUGUUAACAUCUAAAAUUAGUCAGUGAAAUAAUAGGGUUUUGUUCCUUCUUUUCAAAAUUACUUAAAGUAGGUUCAAAGUGUCUACUAGAUGGUGCAAAUCGAAACAAUUUGAAUAUAGUGUCUUGAGAUCUAGGAGUAGUGACAUACAGCUAAACAAAUGACUUUAAUUUCUGUUACCAGUAAUAGUUAUCUUUUAUUGCAAGCUGCUUUGGUGCCAGGUGUUUUUCUAUGUGCUGGAUUAUCCUUAAACCUCACAACAGCCAUAGGGAUUGUGUGGUACUCCUCUGUGACCCAUUUUAAGAUCAGGAAUGGGGAACAGGUAUAUUGCCAUAUAGCUAACUAGUGAUGGAGAUGGGUUCCAGACAAGGCAUUUCAUUCCUUUUUUGACUUUUUCACUUCUGAGUGCAUGCUCUUAAUUUCUUUUGCUAUGACUAGUUCUGGUUUUUGUUUGUUUGUUUUAAUAGAGCAUGCUGAAGGAAUUUUUGCCUGUUUUAUCAUUCUUUAUUAGAUCAAUAGAAAUAUUUCAUAGUUUUUGAUUAUAAAUUCCAUUGAUGUAAACAGACCUGUGAGUUGCUUGCCUAAAAGUUAAGUUAAUGGAAUAUGGUCUUUUAGUUCUUUUAUCGUUGCAUGGUGGAAUGAAAACCCCUGGCUUAGAAAAGAACUAAGUCAGGGCAACUGAUGGUACUUUAAUUUCCUAAUUGUAAUUGGACAUUAAACAAAUCUGGGAACAAUGCUUUUGCCCAAAAUUGAAAUCUGGAACAUGUUUUCAUUUUUAAGGACUUAAUUGCCAUCUAUAAAUUCGUUGGUGUUGGCUUUUUAAUUGAGUUCACUGGAAUUGUACUUGGUUUUCAUGUUACUCAAGAACUAUGCGUGGUUUCUAUACAAAUGUGGGGCUUUGCAUAAGACAGUUCUUAAAACACUACUGUUCUGUCUGUGGGAUAGUACAGAUUUCAAGGCCACAAUAUCUUUAAACACAGUUUAGUGUAUAUUUGUGAAGUUGACUUUAAAGUGGCUUGGGAUGAGCCACUAGGUACUGUAUGUAGAUAAUAGGUCUUCUCAGUAUUCAAGCAUUAUUCUUUAAUACCCCGCUGUCCUUUACUACCAUACUUAAGCUUUUCGUUCAUGUAUUUCCUCUAGUUAGACACAGGGGGGAGAACAUUUAUCAUUUUUCAUGGACAUUUUACUAGUUCUGACUCAUAACUCUGCCAAAGUUAAUCUAUAUCAAGCAUAGAAUACACCCUAGAUUUUUUGUCUAGGACUGUUGGAAAAAGAGAAUAGAAAGUAGAUUGGCCAAAUCAAAACUUGGAACUAAAUAUAGAUUCACCCAGUAAUCUCUUAACUUUAUUUUUUUUCCCAAAAUGGGAACAUUAUCAGGUUAUAAGGGCAAAGGUAGUCAACUUCUGUUACAAUAUAAGACUUUAAGUGUUACAAUUUAUAACUUUUUUUUCCUAAGAUUUAUUUAUUUGUGCAUACAGAACUGGCCAGAG